CUCGUAGCCAUCUCUUUCUGCAGAACAUUCGACCGCUGGCCCCUCAUCUUGACCAGCUAGGACAUAUCUACCAUCAUGAGCUAUAAGAAGGCCCAGCCCAUCUGCUGGAGCUACCAUCCACCUCAGCAUUAUCCACUGCCACCUUGAACUACUGUCUCCUCCAACUGUUCCAUUCAGCAUCAACUGUAUCAAUAUAUCGUACCACUGUACCAGUAAUUGAUAUUCUCUACUUUCUACUACAAUACCAACAACUUCAAUUGAAAUUCCUACACUGGUAUCGCCUUUUCGAACGAACAAUCACAAUGACUUCUCUCUUCCCUCACGCAGCCUACGCCGAAGAUCAAGUCUCUUCGCAUGCGAUUCUCUACCUGCACGUCACACGUGCCGCAGCAAUGAUGGGUUCAUUCAUAUCCCUCAUCACCGCGCCAACAUCACUUCUAGCAUCCCGGUAUCGCCACAAAACACCAUUCACCUUUACGACAUUAGUCCCCCGCCUCUUCACACACUCCGCACGUGGCAUCGUGCUCGGCUCGGUCGCAGGAGUGCUCAUGACGUACGGACGAAUGCGGGGCAAAGAAGAGAUCGAAUGGCAGGACAGGACGUGGAGACUACUGGAAAAUAAAGGGGAGGUUGCGACGGAUUGGUGGGUUUUUGAUGGCGCAGCGGCUGGUGCGGUCGUGGGUGCUCUGGGUGUGAGGAGAGGGAGGAUUCCGGUUGGACUGAGUACGGGUGUGCUUGGGGGUGCGGGAAUAGGGUCGAGUGCUGGGGUCGCGUAUAUGAUUUCGAGUUAUGCGAGAGGGAGGAAGCCUGCGUAGAGUGGGUGAGAUAUAAAAGUCGAUAUCUGCGUUCAGUGGUUUGGCCAGAAGAAGAAGAGUCGCUAUGGCUUCUGGUAUAUUGGAUACAAAGAAGUACAACCCCCAGACCAUGCAUGUCUACUUAUUAUACAAGGUGUUUCAUCCUACGCAAGUGAUGAGGUCCGUAACGUCACGAAAAUAUACGCAAACAAACACUCCAUCAAAAUUAUAUCGGCGAGGUACUGCACUCAUAGUCAAACCAGUCAAUUCU